AUGGAGCGGGGGCCUACGGUGGGGGCAGGGCUGGGGGCUGGGGCCCGAAUCCGGGCACUGCUGGGCUGCCUGGUCAAGGUGCUGCUCUGGGUGGCGUCUGCCUUGCUGUACUUUGGAAGUGAACAGGCCGCCCGCUUGCUGGGCAGCCCCUGCUUACGGCGCCUCUACCAUGCCUGGUUGGCAGCAGUGGUCAUCUUUGGGCCCCUUCUGCAGUUCCACGUCAACCCUCGGACUAUCUUCGCCAGCCACGGCAACUUCUUCAACAUAAAGUUUGUGAAUUCAGCAUGGGGCUGGACAUGCACCUUCCUGGGUGGCUUCGUGCUGCUGGUGGUGUUCCUGGCUACACGGCGUGUGGCAGUGACGGCACGGCACCUGAGCCGGCUGGUGGUGGGGGCCGCAGUGUGGCGGGGGGCUGGCCGGGCCUUCCUGCUCAUCGAGGACCUGACUGGCUCCUGCUUUGAGCCUCUGCCCCAGGGCCUGCUGCUGCACGAGCUUCCCGACCGCCGCAGCUGCCUGGCAGCCGGCCACCAGUGGCGGGGCUACACGGUCUCCUCCCACACCUUCCUGCUCACCUUCUGCUGCCUUCUCAUGGCCGAGGAAGCGGCAGUUUUCGCCAAGUAUCUGGCCCAUGGGCUGCCAGCCGGGGCCCCUCUUCGCCUCGUCUUCCUGCUCAACGUGCUGCUGCUGGGCCUCUGGAACUUUUUGCUGCUCUGUACCGUCAUCUAUUUCCACCAGUACACCCACAAGGUGGUGGGGGCUGCAGUGGGCACCUUUGCCUGGUACCUGACCUAUGGCAGCUGGUAUCAUCAGCCCUGGUCUCCUGGGAGCCCCGGCCACGGGCUCUUCCCUCGGCCCCGCUCCAGCCGCAAGCACAACUGAAAGAAAUAAAGGCAAAUCAGGCCUU